GAGAUUGCAGAGAGAAAACAUCCAUAGGAGGGGGAAGAGAAAUUUUCUAACCAGAUGGAAUCGUAAGUCCAAGCCCAUUUAAUUUUGUUUUAAAGGGAGGCUCAUCUCUGCUGCUCUACUAUCAGAACUCAACUGCCGGAAAACGCAGGCGGACUUGCAUCUCCGUUCCGUCUUUACCGCGGCGUCUGCCGUCGUGAUUCGCGCCCUUCGUACAGAGUUUAUUUUCUUCAAAUAUGGCUGAGUUUCUAAAGAAAUUAACAGAAUUGGAACUUGAAGCUGAACAUCUUCUUCUAGCUCGACAUGAGCUGGUUGAGAAUGAUAAGUUGAGGAAUGGGAACAGAGAAGCACUUACUGCACUAAGGAAAAAGGCUCGGACAACAAUGAGUAGUGUUCCAUCUCCUUUUGGAUCAAUAAUGAAGGGAGUUUCAGGAACCGGCUCAAGACCUUUGGUACAAGAGGUGUGCACCACAUGUGGUAACCAUGACUCUUUUGAGCAGAAUUGGAUGAUGUUUCCAGGAACUGAUCUGUUUAUGGAAAUUCCAUUUCAUGCUGCUCAUACUAUAUUGGAAACAGAUCAAGCACAACUUGACUUUGAGGCAAAGAAACUACAGAGCCUUGUGAAGGAAAAGACCAUGCUUAUAUCAGAGAUGGGUGUUCUCACCGACAUUAUAAGUCCAGGAGUGCUUAAAUCGCUUGUAACCUUAAAUGACAAACCAAAGUAAGAUGCUUUAUGCUGACUAUGGCAUGUUGCAGUGCCUUCAGGAGAAAUCUUUCUUAAGGCAUUUAGGUCGUCUAUCUAGUAUUUCUGUUUAAGUAAACUAAAUACUAUCAUGGAUCAUCUCUACCAUUCAACUUUACUUCUUCUACAUGCACCAACUAGUAACCUAUGCAUCUGUUUCUCUGAGUCACACUCUGUAAAUUAUGAGUCCCGAAGUUUUAGAUCAUCAUAAGACCCUGGAAGUUUGUGAAUCUUGUAUAGCACUUUUUGGCACACAAAAAAGAAUUAAGAAAUUGGUUUUUGUUUUA